GAUUCCUACGGUUGUCAGGGCUGCUCCCCUACCGUAGCCUGCCGUGUGCUCUGGGGCAAACUAUUUUAUAGCCCGUGGAUAAAUGGUCGACUUGCAGGAAUGAUAUAUCUCUCCGCCGGUAAAGGGUUGAUGUUUCCUCACCAGGCGUCCCCAGGGUUCCUUUCAAGCCCGACUGCCGACAGCUCGCCACCUCUGUCAGCCUCUUGAGCGAGUCGAUCGAUUGCCUCCAGCUCAGCAAGUCAGCGUACAAGGUUCCGCUGCGUCUGCCAGCGGUCGAGCCGAGCGGCCUCUGCGUUGCCCCGGGGCCAGCUGCCUGGGCAGGACUGCAUCACCAUGGACACGGAGUCCACCUACUCGGGCUAUUCCUACUACUCUGGACGCUCCCGGGGAUCCCACAGGCAUGGGGAGCGAAGCAGAGACCGCCACAAGUCCCGCAGUAAAGACAGCCGCUCAGAAAAGUCUGUAACAAUUAACACGCCGCCUGCAGAGCCGCUGCUGGGUGACUCGGCUAUUCGGGGUGAGCAGGUCCAGGAUGACAACUGGGGCGAGACAACCACCGCCAUCACCGGCACAUCAGAGCACAGCCUCUCUCAGGAGGACAUUGUUCGCAUCACCAAGGACCUGGAAGACAGCGUGGGGCUUGACUGCCGCCGUUACUUCACCCUGACCUUGGCAGUGAUCCUGGGGCUGCUGGUGUUCCUGACGCCUCUGGCCUUCCUGGUGCUCCCCCACCUCCUCUGGCCAGAGAGGCUGCGGACCUGCGGCACGGCCUGCGAGGGCCUCUUCAUCUCCGUGGCCUUCAAGCUGCUCAUCCUGCUGCUGGCCGUCUGGGCGCUCUUCUUCAAGCCGCCACGGGCCGGCCUCCCGCGGGUCUUCGUCUUCAGGGCGCUUCUCGCCGUGCUGGUGGUGCUCUUUGUGGUCUCCUAUUGGCUGUUCUACGGAGUGAGAAUACUUGACUCACAGGAUGAGGACUACCAGGGAAUCGUGCAGUACGCCGUGUCGCUGGUGGAUGCUCUGCUCUUUAUCCACUACCUGGCCAUUGUCCUGCUGGAGCUCCGGCAGCUCCAGCCGUGCUUCUCUCUGUGCGUCACGCGCUCCACAGACGGAGAGACGAGGCACUACAAUCUGGGACAGCUCAGUAUUCAGCGGGCAGCUCUGGCCAUCUUAGAGCACUACUACUGUGACUUCUCAGUCCAUAACCCGGCGCUGCUCUCUGCCUCCAAGUCCCGCGCCGCCAAGCACCUGGCCGGCCUCAAGGUCUACAACCUGGAUGGUGAGUUCCCAGCAGCCCCCGCUGAGGGUCCGGGGAACAAUGCAGCGGCGGGACUCGCCCACUCCCAGUCCAGAGCCAUGAUUGCGGCUGCCGCCCGCCGCAGAGACUCCAGCCACAAUGAGCUGUACUACGAGGAGGCUGAGCAUGAAAGGCGUGUCCGAAAACGCAGGGCACGACUUGUGGUGGCAGUAGAGGAGGCAUUCACACAUAUCAAGCGGAUGCAGGAGGAGGAUCAGAAGAAGGCUCCAGGGGACGUGAUGGACCCCCGAGAGGCAGCGCAGGCCAUCUUCCCCUCCAUGGCUCGGGCCCUGCAGAAGUACCUGAGGACCACCAAACAGCAGCACUGUCACAGCAUGGAGAGCAUCCAGCAGCACCUGGCCUUCUGCAUCACCAACAACAUGACGCCCAAGGCGUUUCUGGAGAGCUACCUGACCCCGGGUCCGACCCUGCAGUACAGCCGGGACCACUGGCUGGCCCGCCAGUGGACGCUGAUCAGCGAGGCGUCGGUCACCAGCGGCUUGAAAGACGGCACCGUCUUCCUGCUCAAGUGUGUGGACUUCAGCCUGGUGGUCACGUCCAAGAAGAUCCCCUACAUCCAGAUGUCAGAGGAAUACAUCGACCCCAAAUCACACAAGUUUGUCCUGCGGCUACAGUCUGAAACCUCCGUGUAG